AUGCUGCACUGUGGAGAUGCUACGGAAGGCAAGAGGUCGUUCGUUGCAAGCGGAGCUGUGAAAGGACCUGGAGAUGUCGGAUAUCCAAGUACGUUCCCAUCUUGAAUAAGACCACUUAUCAAGUGUGGGCGAUGUGUAUGCAACUCCACUUAGAGGCUCACAACUUAGGGGAUGCUAUUGAGCCAGAGACAAUAGCAAGAAAGAAGGAUCGACAAGCCCUCUCUGUGAUGCUCGGAGCCGUGUUAGAAGACAUCUAGACACAACUUGACAUCACAAAAAUGGCAAAAGAAACUUGGGAGCUUUUCAAAGCGAAAUAUGUGGGAGUGACCUGUCUCACGAAAUCAAGACUUCAAGGUCUCAGGCGAGAAUUUGAGAUGCUUCAAAUUGGAGAUGAUGAAACUGUGACAGACUUCGUCGGAAAAUUGUCUUGAGUUGUCACUCAAAUCAGAAAUUUGGGUGAAAAGCUAGAGGAAGGUGUUGUUGUUGCUAAGCUUCUUCGAGCAACAUCAGGGAGAUUUGAUCCAAUAAAAACGUCUCUCGAGCAAUUUGGCGACAUCGACUCCAUGCCAUUUGAAGAAACAGUGGGAUCUCUUAAGAUCUACGAAGAGAAGCUCAAAUCUCGUUAGCAAAAACAGGAGGAACAAGUCCUUUUUUCUCACGGGACUGAGAAAACAAAGGGUAGAAAUCUUUAUGGCAGAGGACAUGGCCAAGGUCAGGGGCGUGGCCGAGGUAGAGGAUGAAGCAAUGAGAGAGGCUCAGAUGAAAAUUGGAAGCCUCGUGACAAAUCCACAAUGA